UCGUAUGCGUGACGUGCGAAAAAGGAUAAACAAAAAGGACGGAAGCCUCCGGCUACACAAUCGCGGUAAAAUCGGUUCAAAAAUUAGCUCCUGAGCUACGUUUAGCUACUACGUGCGCCCUUUUGUUGUCUCGCUGGGCAGCAUUUGGUGUGAGCAAUCAUGGACGAUGCCAUCAUAUUUCGUAUGAGUGCGUUUUCCGAGCAAGGCGGGAGGAAAUAUAUGGAGGAUGUUGUCGAGAUAAGAAUUGAAUACGAGCCGACGUCGUCGGCGGCUAGCGACGACUACGCAAAGUCACAGAGACACGGGGGACAGGACACCGCCGAGAGGGACUCGUCCAAAGCCGCUGAAAGCGAGCUUCAAGCGGUAGACGCGGCUCCCGAGCCCGGCCCGGGGUCUGCGAUGUGGCUUGAGAGCCUGGACAGCGACGACACCGGCGAUCGCAGCGCGUCGCUAUCCGGCCAAAAAGUCGACGAGCGCAUUGUGGACACUCGGAGGUCCGUAGCGUUUUUCGCCGUGUUUGACGGCCACGGGGGCCGGGAAGCAGCCCAUUUCGCUAGGGAACAUUUGUGGGAUUUAUUAAAGAGACAGAGGGGCUUUUGGUCCAAGGAUCACUUAGAAGUGUGCGCUGCUCUACGGAAAGGAUUCAUCGCCUGCCACCACGCGAUGUGGAAACAACUACCGGAGUGGCCUAAAACAAUUACAGGCCUGCCCAGCACAUCAGGUACCACAGCGAGCGUGAUUGUGAUCCGUGGCGUUCACAUGUAUGUUGCUCAUGUGGGAGAUUCUGCAGUGGUGGUUGGAGUGAAGGAAAAUGAAUCGGACAUCACGCUUCAAGCACUUGAAGUCACACAAGACCAUAAACCUGAACUUCCCAAAGAGAAGGAAAGAAUCGAGCGACUGGGUGGUAGUGUAAUGAAGAAAUCAGGGGUGAACCGUGUAGUGUGGAAGAGACCCCGACUUACCCACAACGGACCUGUGAGGAGGAGCACAGUCAUCGACCAGAUCCCCUUCUUAGCGGUGGCGCGAUCUCUUGGUGAUUUGUGGAGCUACGACUUCUACAGCGGAGAGUUUGUAGUGUCGCCUGAGCCCGAUACCACAGUGAUGACCCUUGACCCCAAACGACAUCGCUACAUUAUCCUUGGCAGUGAUGGUCUAUGGAACAUGAUGCCUCCAAAGAAUGCGGUCAACAUGUGUCAUAGCCAUGACAAAAUGGUGGGACCGAAAGGAAUGUCUUGCGCUUGCCGGUUGGGCUGUACUGCGCUACUUUUUUGGAAAGAGCGCAUGCUUCGCGCAGAUAACACAACAGUCAUUGUACUGGCGCUACAGGAGCGCGGCGGCCCGACGAUCCCGAUGCAUCGAGAUGAGAUUGUGGUGGACAUGGCUCAGGGGAUUGACCACAUUCCUUUCCCGGGGACCCAGUGUAACACAUAUGAGAUUCCGCAGCGGCAAGAAGCCGAGAAUGCCUCCUCUCUCCUGAAACAACGUUCUAAGACUCUGGAGCAGGCAUUCGGGGUGUAUGAAGCAGCUUUCUGUGCCACAGCGCACGUCUUGCCCGAUGUCGAUUCUGCGGGCUCUCCGGACUCUACGCUGUCCUCUCCCUUAGACGGACCACUGAAUGUGUUCCAAAAGCCAGACUCUGCAAUUCGAGUGGACUGGACUUCUGAGUCGUCUUCUCCGUUGAAAAGGUCUCAGCGCUCUCCACACAUUGGCCCCGAAGGUCAUCAGCGUGGUCAGUCCCCAGACAAAAGUUUGCCUCAUAAGACACCUCGCGGAAAAAGUGAACAAUUGUGUGAAAAUCACAAGCAGGAGAGCGACAACACAGCCGUACAGCAGCAGCGCAAAGCUUUCUUGUGCGUGUACUGAGUACGAGAACCACAAGCCUCCUUCGAGAUAUUUUGACUUUAUUUGUAUAAAGUCGCUCGUUUGUAAAUAUCUGGCGAAUGUUGAUACUUUGUUGUUACAUAUUCCUCAUUUUACUACACAUCCAGCCCCAUCUUCAGAUUUUAGUUUUUACGGAAAUUAUUGAGUUAUUCAUUGUGAGCUAUUUUCCUACAAACUCAAUUUCAAUGAAGUUGGUACAUUGUGUGAAACAUGACUAAAAAUGGAAUACGAUUAUUUGCAAACCAUGUUCAACCUAUAUUUAAUUUAUUCCACUACAAGCACAAGAUAUUUAAUUUUGAAAAUGCUAAACUGAAUAAACUGUUUUCAAGCACAUCAUCAUAAACUUUGAAUUUUAUGGCUGCAGUACAUUCCAAAAAAGCUGGGACAAGGUCACGUUCACCACUGUUGCAUCACCUUUCCUUCGAGGCGUCUUUUCUCCGGGAUGUUCCAAACACGUGUUUGAUGAGCAUCCCUCAACUUGCUUUUUUGCCAUAUCUCCCAGCUUUUAUGGAACGUGUUGAAGCCAUAAAAUUCAAAGUUAAUUGUUAUUUAAUAAAUUUAGCAAUUUGAACAUAUUUUCAAUUAAAUAUAGGUUGAACAUGAUUUGCAAAUCAUUGUGUUCAGUUUUUUAUUUGCUUAACACAAUGUCCCACCUUCAUUUGAAUUGGGCUUGUACUUAUACACAAAUAUAAUGACAAUAGUCGAUAUCGAAAGGAUAUUUUGAAGGCUAAAAAUGUCACUAGUUCCUUUAGCAGUUUGGAAUAAUUUUCCUCUUUAGAAAUUAAAGUCCAUUUUACCUGCAAAUAUUCUCUUUAAUCCGGGUCAUUUGACUCUCAGGACACUGAAUCGAUCGGAACAGGAUUCUCUGUAGUAGUUCUGUCCUAACUAAGCCUCGUUCCACGGAACGAGGAAGCCUGCUUUGAAGGGAAGCGAAUCGUCUUCGAGGACAACAACAGUCCUUUGACGAUCGAUUCACUGCCUUCAGAACAAAGACUGCUUUAACAUUGUUUGGAUUUUAUCAAUUUUUCUCAAAUGCAUCCAAGUUUCAGACAAGUCCUGAGCAACAACUACAUUUAUAGCUGUUUUUAAAAUAAAUUAUUUUAUUGUAUUUGUCCCUCUGUUGUUUGUAAAGCUGUUGACAUUCUCUCUUGAGGUCUGUGAAGGUGGAAAAUGUCACCCAAAUCUCACCUUCAGGGUGUCUCUAUACAAUUAGGAGUGUGUUGAGUAGCUCUAACUGAUAGGACCUACCUCCCGACUACCACAAUCGCAUAUGAAUUUAGAAGCUAACCGUACAAAAAGUUGAGCAGUAUAUUGCCUUCUGCCGUUGUCUUUGAUCAACAUUCAACAGUAAAAAUACUAUAUUAGCCACAAAAAAAGGUUUCCAUAAUUUGAUUACAGUAACAGUAUUCAGUUGGAAUGAGUCCCCAUCAUUGCAUCGAUUUUGACUUGUUGAUGUGGUGGCAGAGCUACGGUUGAAGUUGAUUAGGUUGCCUUUUUUUUGUUACAUAAAUUGUUGCCUUAGCAUAAUCAAGAGGGUGCUUUUCAUACAAGGGAACCAGAUCUUGAAGAAUUUCCCGGAUGCUUCGACCUGUGUGGUUAAACUUUCUUUAUGUAUCAUGCACCUUCAGUUUUCUCUCGCCAAGGUCAUAGGAGAGGAACUCACCCUGUGACGUGGAAUCCACACUACAGUUGCAGCCAUUUUGUUUAUUUUGUACAGUACAUCAUUAUGCAAUAGCAUUUUGUACAGUAGAUUAUUAUGCAAAUUAAUCUGGUUUCCAGAAGUCUGGCAUGCUCAGAUCUACUCUGUGUUGUGAAGUUUCCAGAGCCAAUGGAUGUUAAUGGACGUGCUGUGUUUUGACCAUUGCAACACUUGAGUUUCGUAUCACCGCCACUUCUCAGGACUAACUGUAUGCGGUACAUUCUUUGAAAGUGACUAUACAUACACUGUCUGUGUUGUAAUAAAGUUUCCAUUUUA